GAGAGAGAGAGAGACUGCUCUUCCAGGAAGGGAUUAUUAACCAGCACGCUGCCGACACAUGAAGGGAAAACACACGCAGACAAAAGAAGUUUUCACACCGACAGCCGCGCUAUGGAGCCGGUCAGCAGAUAGCGAGAGAAGAGGCAAAGGGACGACAAACAGCAGGCAAUGUGAAAAGAAAAUAAACUAAACUUGUCCCACAACAACGAGGCGAGCGGCCGCUGCUGCCGAGCGGGUUCCUCUCGGGAGGACGCGGAGAUAAAGAGGAGGACACACGGGAGAAGUGGAAGGAGAAGAAGUUGACGGCGGAUAAUGUCCGAAUCCUCCUCCGCUGCGAACAAGCAGGAGAGGAGCUCUUUCAGUCCUUCCGCCAACCCGCUGCCAAACUCCACUUCCUCCCCCGUCCAUGCUCCCGCCGCGAGGCCGGCCAGCCGAAUGGAGGACGAGCCCGCCAGGCUGCCCGCGCACCUGCGUUUGCAGCCGGUCUUCUGGAGCAGGGAGGACGUGUCCCAGUGGCUGAGGUGGGCAGAGAAGGAGUUCGCCCUGCGGCCGAUCACCAGCGGCUCUUUCCAAAUGAACGGCAAAGCCCUUCUGCUGCUCACCAAGGAGGACUUCCGCUAUCGAUCUCCCCACUCCGGGGACGUCCUGUACGAGCUGCUGCAGCACAUCCUAAAGCAGAGGAAGCCCCACGCGUUCUACCCGUCGGCCUACUUCCCCGGGAACUCCUUCCAGUCGCUGCCCGAGAGCGCCACGCAGCACCUGAAGCUGGAAGAAACGGUACGGCGAGCACCGCGUGGUUCAGAGCCGCUGCCCCAGCAUCCACCCACCAUCGAGCUGCGUCACCGCUCCCGCUCCCCCCACCACCAGACCGCCAGACAAUCCCCCCUGGAUCCAAGCCACCCGCGCACCGCUGGCGAGGACCACACCCAGGCCUUCCCCCAGCUGCCCGACAGCAACCACCACCCGCCCGAGGAAAUGUACCCUCUGUCGGUGUCCCCGGCGGCGCCCAACGGCCGCUGCGGGACGCCCCGAGACGGCCCCUGCCCGGGGAGCCCCGGGGGCCAAGACGCGGGCCCGCCUCGCGUCAUCCAGCUCAUGCCCAGCGCCAUCAUGAACCCGCUGCUCCUCAGCCCGAGCAGGAGCGCCGGGGGCGGCGCCAUGGACUUCCGGCACGGCCGCGGUGGGGCCACUACGCAGGGGACGCUGGAAAACGGCCGCGAGGGUAAAAUCCACGGGCACCACCACCAUCAAAUACCCCUGUCCCAACAGCAGCAUCUACUGCAGCAGCAGCAGCAGCAGGAGGAGGCGCUCUACAGGAACCACGUCAUCAUGCCCGUGUCGCCUCCAGAAGAGCCACAGAUACCCAUCGGGCGGAUCGCAGACUGCAGGCUGCUGUGGGACUACGUCUACCAGCUCCUGUCAGACAGCAGGUACGAGAACUACAUCCGCUGGGAGGAUACAGAAAGCAAAGUCUUCCGCAUCAUGGACCCCAACGGCCUGGCCAGGCUCUGGGGAAAUCACAAGAACCGGACCAACAUGACGUACGAGAAGAUGUCGCGAGCACUGAGACACUACUACAAACUGAACAUCAUCAGGAAGGAGCCUGGACAAAGACUGCUAUUCAGGUUCAUGAAAACCCCCGACGAGAUAAUGAACGGACAGACGGACCGGCUGGAGCACCUGGAGUCCGACACGGACGAACAAAUCUACAUCAAAGAGGAGUGCUGAGGAACUCUGAGGGGGGGAAAAGGACUCCGUGAACUACUUACUACUUCUACAGCCGCCGAUGCCUUUCAGGAGCAGCCCCAACAAGCGCUGUUUGAUCGGGAGCGCGUGGACGUUCGCUCGCAUCCGCCCCGCGCAGACAGGCGUGAAAUGUCUCCAGAUUGCCUUGGGAUGCCAUUUUCCUAAAGUAAAAAGAAAAAUAACAUGAACGGCAUCGGUUCUUGUGCUUUUGCAGCGAUGGACAGAAAAGACUUUCUUAAUGUUCCCUUUUAUUUUUGAAUGACCCACAGAAGCCAAUCCCUCUGUGCUUUGGUCACUUUGAUGAUUUCCUUAUUGUUUUUUUUCACCUGACACUUUACUGUGUUAUACUGUGGAGUUUUGCUGUUUGUAAAAAGAAAAAUCGGGUGUGUGCGUGUGUGUGUGUGGCUGGAAUGUUUUCACCAUGGAAUAAACAUUUUUGAUCAAGC